AUGAAGAUCAUGAUUGAGAAAACCCUUGCCUUGGUCCUUUUGUUACUAUUCACCAGUACAGCACACAGUUCCCCAGCAUCCUACUGCGAUGCAUCGUCAAAGAAAAUCUGCUACAGCUGGGCAGUCCCAUCAACCUCCUCGACCUCCAAUGAUCUAUACCUUCGCCUCGAAGCUCCCACCGACUACCAAUGGAUCGCCCUGGGCACCGGGUCUCGCAUGAGCGGCUCUACCAUGUUCGUUAUCUACCAGGACGGGUCAGGCAACGUGACCUUGAGUACAAGAAAGGGCGAGGGUCAUGACAUGCCAACGUAUAAUCGCAUGAGAAAUGUCAAACUGCUCAGCGGAAGCGGCACGUCGAACAAGACUAUGGUGGCAAACAUACAUUGGUCUGGUGCGACUGGUAUUGACUUGACGGGGUCGAAUCAUUGGAUCAGUGCUUGGAAGAAGGGCAGCUCCCUAGACACAAGCGAUACGAGUGCCGAUAUCAAUGAGCAUGACGGAACCGACGAUUUCUCUGUCGACCUUUCCAAGGCUAGCGUCAACGGCAAUGGCAACCCUUUCGCCAACUCAACUAGCACUCAGAAAAGCGACAAUGCCGUUUCUGGUGGCGGUGGAGGUGAGAACCAUACUGGUUCCAUCCAUGGUGCCAUCAUGGCAGUCGUCUUUCUGCUGGGAUUCCCCAUCGGCUCUGUCCUCAUGCCUUUCAUCGGAAAAUGGAAGAUCCACGCUUCAUGGCAGAUGAUCGCCUUCAUUGGCAUGUGGGUUGGGGUUGGGAUUGGCAAGGCUGCCGCAGAUCACAGCGGAGAUUCUUUCAGCGACCCUCAUAUUGUCCUCGGAGGAAUCGUAUGUGUCCUGAUGAUUGUCCAACCGGUCCUGGGAUGGAUGCAUCACAGAAACUACGUCAAGUUCCAGCGACGAACAACCAUCAGCCAUGCUCAUAUCUGGUACGGCAGAGGCAUCAUGAUUUUUGGAAUCAUCAAUGGCGGCCUUGGUCUGCAAUUAUCUGGCGCGUCGGCCACGCUGAUCAUCGCUUAUUCUGUGGUCGGCGUGGUUGUUUCCAUGAUAUAUACUGGUGGCGCUAUUCAUAAAAUGGUUAAACAGCGACGGAAAGAACAUCAGCCGAUGUCGGACACUUCGAACAGCGCUCUUGAGUUGAUGCAUACAUAG